AUUUUAAAAUGUAACAGGGAAUCUUUUGUCAAGACAUGCUUUCAAAUUGUUUUAUCAUAAUAGUAAUGUCAUUGAACAAUACAUACAUAAGUUAAAGUUGUAAGAAGAAAGGAGUAGAACUUUUAAUAGGAUUCUAUUUGAUUGUUCACAACAAGAUGGAAAACAUGAAUAAAAUACUAACCAUCAUAGACUUCUAUUGCGAAACUCUCGAAAAUCCUGAAGUUUUAUCAAAAGAAGAUAUGAAUCUAAUGAAACAAUAUUUUCAAACUUGCAUGUUCAUUGAACAAUUGAUUAAAAAAGUGCAAAAAGAGAAAAAAGAAAUAGAAUUUGAAAGUCAUAUAAAAACUUGGAUGUUAAAUAAAAAAAAAAACAUUACAUACAAAUGUACAGAUUUAAGCAAUGCCUGUGAUAAAAUUUUCGAAUUAUAUUUAAAACAAGAGAAAGUAUCAAAUGAGUUUGUCGAUGAAGUUAUCAAAGUUUAUGUUGAAAACUGUGGAAGUAUUAGAUUAAGAACAAACAUUAAUCAUAUAAUGAUGAAUUCAAUGCAAGCAAAUACUAUCUUGCAACUUUUCAAAAAUUUAGAUAUUUCUGAAUCAGAUAUUGAGGAUGAAUUAAGAAUAGCUUCAUGGGAAAAUGAAAUUAAAGUUGGAAAGAAAAAAAAAGUUAUAGAAUACCUGAUAGAAAUGUUUGAUAAACAGCAUAUUUCAAAAUUGAUAAAAAUGGCCUACAAAUCAAAAUCAGAAAGCACAGUCAAUCUAAUGAUACUAGAAUUUUUCACUAAAAAAUUAGAAGGUAAUGACGUACAACUAUACUCUGAGCUGAAAGAUCUUGAUAGAAAAGUUCUUUUAAAACUUUUAAACGAUAAUUCAAAAUUUCAACUUAGCUAUGUUGAUACCACUUUUUACAUUGGAAGGAAUAUGAACCAUGAUAAAGAAAAUUAUUGGAUUACGGAUUCUGGAUUUUCUUACAGUGAUUUGAAAAAUGUGAUAAACUGUUUGCUAGAUGGCCCUGAUGGUCUUUAUGAAAUGAUCAUUAAUAGGAUUAAAACAGCCAAGGAGCUAGAUGCGGUUUGGAAUGAUAUAGAAAAACACUGCAUGUUAUAAACACUUAAGAGUGGUGUUAUGUUUUGUUGUUUAAUUUGUAAAAUUCAGCUAUUGUAUUGAAUAAAUUAGGAUUGACUUUGUUAGUCCAAUAGGAUAUUCUAUGCAUGUCUUGACAAAAGAUUUAUGUAAAUUAAGUGCAUCUAACAAGGAAACCUCUCCAACUCGACUUUACCAAUUUCAAUAUUAUUUUAAUGUUAUAGAUCAUAGAGAAAUAAAUAACACGUUUUUUUAUCAAUGGAAAAACACUUUGAGGGGAUGGAAUUUGCUGUUAAGUCUACCCUCAAAAAUAAAUUUUGCAAUUUAUCUCAAGUUCUGAUUGAUAUUUUACAAUGAAAUAAAUUUCAUUUCACUUCUCACGUAAUUGCGGAACUGAUACAUGUAGUUCCGACCAUGAGGGAUGUAACUCAACCUGUUUUUUAUUGAUAAUUCUACCAUUUUUGUGCCUAUUUAUAUGAAAAAAAAAUUUUAAUGAGCCAACAAGCUAGAAAAAACAUCGUAGGUUAUUUACAAUAAUAAUAUACAUUACAUAUGACUUACAAAAAUGGUGGAACUGUCGAUAAAAAAAAAGGUUGAGUUGCAUCCCUUAUGGUCGGAAUUGCAUGUAUUAGUUCCGCAUUUACAUGAGAAGUGAAAUAAAAUUAAUUUCAGUGUAAAAUAUCAAUUAGAACUUGAGAUAAAUUGCAAAAUUCAUUUUUGAAAAUGGACUUUUGACGGUGGUUUCAUCCCCUCAAAGUAUUUUUCUAUCGAUAAAAAGAAAGCACGUGUUACUUAUUUUUUUAUAAUUUACAACAUAUCAAAAGAAUAUUGAAAUCAAUGGGUCGGGUUA